GCGGUUCCUACACUACCCGUUCCGUAGUGUACCCUAUCGUCCGCCGACCAUCCAUCCUUCCCAUAAUCCAUCUCUAUCUCUAUCUCCAUCUCCAUCUCCAUCGUCUUGUCUUCCUCCUACACCCCCAGUUGCAGUUCUCCUCAUCUUGUCGUUGUUGCUGUUGUCGCGCGCCAAUUCUCUUGCGUCAAUCGGCUUCAACAUCUCUCCUAGCAUCAACUGCUUCUCCCCAGUCGCCCUAAAUCUACCCCUACUUACGUGUAGGUCCUCCGUUGCCAUUCGUUGUGUUACGCUUCCUUUGCCUCGGUUGUUGGCAUUGCCGUCUCACACAUUUGAUCCCUCAGCUAAUCGUUGGGCAGCUUCAGCAAAUAUCCCGCCUGUGCCUCUUGGAUCGCGCCUUUGAGAUCAACAACUACGCAGCCUACAGCAAUAGGCUAUCCUGAUGAGUUCCUCUUAGGGACAGGUCGAUGCACCGUCGAAUGUGAUCCUCUCGACGACUGCUCCUUGACUGUCUAACCCGCGGCCUACCCAGAUGCCGAGAAGUCCAUAAUUCUCGACUUCCUUUGCCCUCCCUCCCAAUCUAACUCCGCGCGCUUCGAAUAUUGCUAGCCAGAUGUUGGCGUAGUCUCGAAACCAUCGCUCUUCAACUUUUCCAACCCUAUUCAAAAAGAUAUUCUCUUCGAAUUAGUCUGAUUCUCGGUCAAAAAUGGCGACAACCGAUCCUUUGGAUAGCGUCAUAGUAAACGCACCAGACUGGGUGAAGCGCUUGGAAGAACUUAGCGGUCAGAUAGAACAGCGGCAACGGGACUUGGCUAAAUUUUCUGGAGCUGAGGCACCCUCAUCGUCUGCUCGGUCCAUUCGCAAUCGCGGUUCUACAGAAUCUCUCAAGCCAAAAGAUGAUGGGCCAUCAUUACCAACUCCUGACCCAGAUCCGACAACAGAUCAAAUGCCAAAGCCCAUAAUUACCGCGCUUCCUCCUCAGACCCCAAGUGGCAAUGCUCGACCCAAUGGUCCACAGCCACCAUCAACGCCUGCUAGCGACCCGUGGACCGGCUCCUCGCUUGUUAGACAUACCAAUGAACUAGUAGCCACUGCUCAAAGACGCGCCCGUGCAACUGUUCGCAAACGACAAAAGACGGAUUCAAUGAUGAGCGGUGAAGCAGCAACGCCUAAGUAUAGGUCACGAAGGAUGGUAAUGGUUUACUAUGACAGCUACGUACAAUCUUUCUUCGAAGAACUCGUUAAAUUCGUUUCUGCGCAGCGGAACCUCAUGCGCAAGGCCAAGAUGGCCGCCAAAGUCGCUCACAUCAGACGCCUUGCCGAGCUUGAAAUGCCUGAGGAAGAUGAGGAUGACGAAGGGGGUGAAUUAAAACCUGGAAAUGGUCUGAUUGCUGCACGUCCCACUCCACCUGCUCCCAAUCCUAGGCCAGGUGGUCCGGAAGAGAUGAAACUACAGUACUUCAGCACGCGCUCGUACGGAGGCGCUUUAAGAAGCCCGGGCUUAGGCUUAAUUCCUGGGAGGGGUAUGCGAACCAGUGCUUUAAAUGGUGGACUCGGCGCUUUCAACGAGAAGGGUGACAUCUGGGAUGAACUAGACAAGGGGCUUGAAUUCGUUCAAGGGUUAUGUGAGCGUGGGGCACACCAAUUUCUCCGAGAUGGCGAUUGUAAUGAGGAGAUUGAGAAGAUCAAGACCCGCUUGGUGAAGGUGAAGGAGUUGGCCGUCAAUGAGAAAGAGCGGGUAGUCGCUGAGAAAACCAAGGAUGAAGAGAAAACCGAGCCAAAGAACGAGACGAAAAACGAACCCAAAAUCGAGGCCCGGCCCGAAAUUAGAAGCCAGGGGAUAAUUGAGCCUGACCCCAAUCCGAUACCUGAAUCUACACCUGAGAUAAUUGAACAUCACGUUGAGUUGGUCCCUGACGUCUCCCGGGAAGCAGCACCUGAGAUGGAUGCCGCCAGGCCUCGGGUGUUCCGGCCGUCAACUAUGCGGAGGGAUAUCGGUGCGUCAAAUCCCAGCAAAUUUCCAGCUCGAGAGGGCCUAUUAGAGAUCGACGAAGGAAUCGACGUAGACAUGGACGAUUUCAAACCAGUCUACAGAUCGACAAGACUGAUGAGACGCCCUGUUUAGGAGACCAAUAACGACCACGGGAUUACCUCGAAAACCACACUCUAUACAUAUAUCAACACUGCACAUAUACCAUUUCUGCUGUCUAUCGAAACACAUUGUAACGGAGUUCUAUAUCGAAUCUGAUGAGCAACUAUAUCAUCCUCUGUUCAAAAUAUCCAAGGAACAAUAUAAUGAGGUACAAUACCACGAUCAGCUAAUCGCACUCCACCUCUUAGAGCGUUGGGCAAUUUCAAUUUUGGAAAACUUGAGAGACCAGGAAAAGUACAUUUUUGGCAUAUUUUUGCAUUAGCUUGGUGCGGUGGUCAAAUCCAGUCAAGAGACUGGGAAUCCCACGGCGGACAUGACGGAGGACAGUUGCAUAUAUAUCAUCAAGGCGUUGGGGAGGGGAUAUUCAUAACUUACGACAUGACGGCACAAAAUACCGUCCACGGGCGGCUUCAUCAUCUUCAGAUUUUGUUUCAUACCAUUUUAGCUCUGCAUAUCAGUCAGUCAGGUCUUUUAGGAUCUAGCCCAGUAGCCCUUAUCGAAUUUAGCGAUCAUGGUUGUAUAAUCUCAUAGCCCCAUCAUAUAACGGCUGAAAGGGACGAGUUUGUCCGGAAAUAUCCGAAACUACCUUUGCAUGGUUUUUGAUAAAUCAUCGCUUGCACGAGUUAUUGUGUAGGUAGUAUAGUCACAAUUUAAGUACUUUAAUCAUCACAUUUUUUUAUAGAGAA